AUUCUUAGCAUACCCAACAAUCAAUAUAUGGUGUGACAAUAGUAUAAUUUUAUAGUUUUGAUACUGCAGAGAAUGGUUCUUUUCUUCACCUUGCAAACUUCUAAAUUCGUUCGGUUGAUCAAGCUUAUGUUUCAUUACAAUCUCUCAUUCUUCGCACAAGCAUCCUAUAAAACAACGUACAUACACUAGCUAUAGCCCGUAGCUUUUACAACGAACUCUUGAAUUUACCAUACAUAUUAACCGGAUUGUUUUAAGAUACCGAGACGAUGGCGUUGAACUGGGGACCAGUGUUAAUGUCGGUGAUUCUGUUCAUCAUAUUGACGCCCGGAGUACUGUUCCAGCUUCCUGGGAAGACCAAAGCGGUUGAGUUUGGCGGAUUUCAGACAAGCGGCGCAGCUAUAGUCAUCCACACUCUUAUCUUCUUUGCAUGCAUCACAGUCUCCCUUAUCGCUCUUCAUAUCCACAUAUACGCUUCCUAAUCAAUUUAACAUUGCCGUGUCCCUCAAUGCUAGCUGCAUCCUUAAUUUUAUAUCCGAAUCAUCAGCUUUGAUUUCUAAUUCCCUUUAAGUGUUCUCUUCCUUGUUGUUUUAUUAGUACCUUUUUUUGAACUACUAUUAGUAUUAGUACCUUCUACAAUCAUAUGAUUUCAUUUUCUUAUAUAUGAAUCAUCAUGCAUGGACGAGAACUGACAAUUCUUUUCAUAAAUUAGAAUCUAAAUAUAUCUAUGACUACGGAUAUUCCAUUCUUCAAGGCUAAUUAACAAAGUAUUAUAAUAUUAAGAUAUAUAGUAUUGACAAACUACUUGAUGAAAAUUGUUAUUAUGAAAUGUUGAAAACAACAUAUGAAUAUAUGAUAUAUAUCUUCAUGGAGAAGCAAUAUAUAAGUGAAUUGAUAAGUACCUCUCGCCACAAACUUGCGCUCAAUCGGAACAAGUUAUCGUCACGUCAAACAUAGUAGAUCAUUAUCAAUUUGUUUUGUUAUUUUUGAACUCAACAUCACAUCACCAUUUCAUCACUUAGUAAAGGUUUAUAUAUUUUGAUUGAUUUAGAAAUUUAUGUAGUAUUUAUAAAUUCAAGUAAAAUAUACAAAUCCGGAAGUUUUCCUCGGAUUUGAGUCUUUGUAUUUUUAACAAAAAAAUUCAAACAAAUCUAUUCAAAUCCAUUAUAAAAUCAAAUUUAUCAGUAAAUCCUUACGAUCGAAUAACAUUUAAUUUGAUAUAAAAUUUAUGAAUCAUUAAACCAAUAACAUAUUAUUUUAAUAGAGAUUUGAAAAUCAUAAAACUAAUAACACUAGAUUUAGUUUGGAUUUUCGAAUCCAUUAAAAUACAACCAUUGGCCCACUAAAGCU